GCAGAAGCAGUGCGACCAGGAAAUCCAGUCGCUGCAAGAAGCUUUGAGAGAGACCGCGUCUCAGUAUGAAGGGCGGAUUUCAGCAAUGCAGUCUGAGCGCGCUCAGUGGAGGGGGGGCGGAGCCAGCACACCCGUCGACUGCAAGGUCUGACUGAGCCUUCUGGCAUUUCGAUCUCUAAUAUGCAUCUGGGUAACUGCAGAGAGGAAGAAGCAGAGCAAGAGGUUGCACUUUGGGUCUGAAAAGUCCUGUCUAGAAAGAGGAAAGAAAAACAUGUCCCCUUUUCUCCCAGGUUAUGCAUGCUUAGGUUUUCAGGACCCAGUACAAAUGCACACAACCAAUAAUUGUUUUGGUAAUCCAAAUGGAAAUCAACUAACUUAGAUUAAUUAGGUAACCUGUCAUGUUAACCAGCAAAGUAAUUAUAGCUAAUGAUGAAUCCAAUAAUCAGAAGUUGUAGUUAUGGAGUACUGUAACAUUAGCUAGCUAGCUAAAGACGAGGACUUGUCGCUACCGUUGUUGGCCGCUGAAAAGCAAUACUGCCCAUGCCUGCUCACUUCCUGUUGUGCAGGAAAAACAAACAAUGGGGAAAGGCGCAGGUUUGGCAUUUUCCUAUUUUGUAAAAUGUUUGGUAAUGGUCAGCCUCAGUCUUGUUCAGUCUUCUGAAUAAGUGCUAGUACUAAUGCACUGCAUCAUGCAUAGUAAUGAGCUGUAGUAAUACUCACUCAGUCUUUUCCAGAAUGGCAGAAUUUGCGUUGUUAUGUAGCAUCCAUUUCUGUUUGUGGGAUAUAUAGAAGUGCCAUGCACGAUGGCAGUGCCCGGCCAGGGAAUCAAACCUGCAACCUUCAGGUGCCCAGCUCUCUCUGCACUGCCGUAUACAGACAAUGCACAAGAUGUGUCACAAGGCAGCUUUACUGAGAUCUCGGCCUGAGGACACCUUGGAUGACAGUGGCAAGGAGAAACUACAGACAUUUAAAAUUGAAUUUUAAUCCAAUGCGAUUUACCAGUGCAUAGGUUCGUCCUCAAGUUAAAAGCAUCAAAUCCAAAAAGGAUAAUCUGGAAAUCAGGAGGGAGGACUAAGGUAUAGCUUGAAAAGGUGUGUUUUUAGUCUGCCUCAAAUAUGUGAACGUGCAGCUCGACCGCCAAGUGCUUGUAGUGAGGAAACCAUAAGGCGACCAUAGCUGACAGACCGGAGUGGUCUUGCUAGGGUGUAGGGAGCAAUUCAAGAUUGGAAUACAUGUAAUACAAAGCUCCAUACAAAUAAAAUAAAAUGUAAUUGAAUUGAAUAUAACAAGCAGAAACGGUACAUAAAUAUGAAUGACGAUAUGUAAUUGAAGCUAGGCAAGGAUGUCUCUGGUCGUGGCCAGAGAUGAGCUGGCAGGCCAGCGUGUGGAGCUGUCAGGCAGGGGGGCAGAGAUGAGGUGGAAUGCCAGCGUGUGUAGCUGUUAGGCAGGGGCAGAGAUGAGAUGGAAGGCCAGUGUGUGUAGCUGUCAGGCAGGGGCAGAGAUGAGGUGGAAGGCCAGUGUGUGGAGCUGUCAGGCAGGGGGCAGAGAUGAGCUGGCUGGCCAUUGUGUGGAGCUGUCAGGCAGGGGCAGAGAUGAGCUGGCAGGCCAUUGUGUGGAGCUGUCAGGCAGGGGGCAGAGAUGAGGUGGAAGGCCAGUGUGUGGAGCUGUCAGGCAGGCGGCAGCUAGAGGAACAAACGGCUGACACAGUAAGGAGUGCAGCCCUGAGCCGGUCGCCCUCACUCCGUGACUGGCUCAUCUCAGCGCUGGUGUCUCAGCGCUGGUGUCUCAGUGCUGACCGCUCAAUCUACCAGAGACACAACCCUGCCCCUCAACUGCAGGGACAAGCUCAAGUUCGGGGGAAAGUUCCACAGGAAAGAAGCAUGGGCAGCUCACAGAAGGGAAAGUGUGAUGGAGAUGCUGCCCAAAGGGAGGUGCUUCGGAGAGGGGGACAGAUGGACAGAGAGACGUGCAGCCAGGGGGGGGGGCAGGACAGCGAGCUCAGCGAGCUGGAGCCGCAGGGGGAGGGGGCGGACAGCGAGGGGGGGGGCCUGCUGAUGGAGGGAUACUUCUCCCAGCACUGCGACACCUCCUCUCUCUCCUCCUUCUCCCUGGACACGCCCUCGCUGCCCCGCCGCCUGCCCCCCCAGGAAGACACCGCCUCGCUCCUCUCCACCGGCACGCUGGUGCCCGAGGCCAUAUACCUGCCCCCCCCCGGGCACAGGCUGGUCACACACACCGACUGGGACGCCCUGCACACACAGGUGUUGGACCUGCAGGGGGAGCUGGCUCGUGUGAGAGACGAGAGGAGUGACCUGGAGAGGGAGCUGGCCUCCCACACUGCCGACACUCAGAGACAGGUCUCAGUCCUGCAGUCUCAGGUGCAGACCUCAGAGGCCCUGCUCCAGGAUCUGCAGAAGUCCCUCAGCCAAUCACAGAAUGCUGUGCAGAGCCGCCUGGCAGAGCUCUCUCUCUCCCAGAAGAAGAUGUGCUCUGAGCUGUCCAGGCUGAGAGGAGGAGAGCCACUGGAAGAUGGAGGGGAAGACCCACUGACUAUCCUCAGCCCAGCUCUGCAGGGGGCGCACUGUGAGGAGAGGCUGCGGAUUGAGAUCGUCAACUUAAAGGAGCAGUUGGAGACCCGUGCGGAGGAGAGCGAAGUACUGGAGGUUCAGCUGUCCAGCCUGAAGACAGAGAUGGACCGUAUCCAGGGCCACAAUGAUAAGCUGCAGAAAGAGUUGCAUGCCUGUCGCACUGAGCUGUCAGGCCUGAGGGUGGCGCUGUCUCAUCUGCAGAGAGACUGUAAGGUGCAGAGCAAUGACAAGUCAGCCCUGCAGCAGCAAUGCCUGGAGAUGCGCAGUCAGGUCAUCAGUCUGCGCAGCCAGCUGGAAACCAGCCAGACCGUGCAGAGGGACUUUGUGCAACUGUCGCAGUCACUGCAGGUAAAGUUGGAGUUAAUCCGCCAGGCUGAAACCAUGGGUCAGGUAAAAGAUAUCCUGGGGGAGGGGCUGACUGAUGAUGUCACAAAACCUGCAGAAACGACGUGAGCCAAUCAGAGCCAAUCGCCGAGCAUCACAGGACAUUUCCACAAGGUGAAAGGGAUUCUGUUUCAUCUACGAAACAGACACAGGAACAAACUGCAACACCAACCCAUUUUUAUUAUUAUUGUUAGUUUUAACUCAAGUCUACAUUUUAUAAUAAUGAAGUGUAACAUUGACCACUGCUAGAACUUAGCUUUCAUGCUAUCCAUGGACACAGACAUGGGCAUUUAGGGCCUUUCCACACUAUGCAACUGAGUUACAAAUGUCUUAAAAUGUUGUGAUAAAACAUUGCCGUUACUCCUCCAAGGCUCACAAUCUUGGGUUCGUCACCAGCAGCCACAUUGCUUCACUGUGAAGCUUCACUGUGAAGCAAGCCUAAUAGGCAGGAACUCUAUGUUAAAGAAGGAAAGCCCUAUCACUUCAAGGCAGAUGAAUUCUGAAACAUUUGCUAACACCAAGCUAACUAGUGUUAUGUGUCUGGAUUCAGACAUCAGCCAGUUAGCGCAUUAGCUUUGUUAGCUUUCCGGCGUUGGCAGUCAUAACUGCAUCCGGCAUAGUGCAAAGCCCCAUCAUUUUUGCAGUGAAUUUUCCUCUUUUGCAUUUAGUCAAUUUAUGUUCAUUCUUCACAAACAAUUGCUGUGUUAUUACAGCAGUCGAAAUGCCAGUGGAACCGCAAUACCAUACCAGCUGGACUAAGUUGCAUGUGAAAUGCCCAUUCUUUCCAUUUCCAUCUUAUUUCCAUUAACUUUCAAAUCUCAGAUAGAAGCUGUUGGGUCCUUGAGCAAGGCCCCUAACCCCAUGUUACUCCAGGGGGACUGUCCCCCGUUCAGUCUAAUCAACUGUAAGUCGCUUUGGAUAAAAGCGUCAGGAAAAAUAAGGAAUUAUUAUUUAUUACAGAUUCAGACACCGUGCUAGCUUUAGAGUACAGGUGUUGGAGUCCUGUCCUGGAGGGCUGCAGUAUCUGUCUGCUGGUGUUGGGUGUGCCUUUGAGCAGAAGCCCUUCCUUUGAGUCAAACAGGCCGGAUACCUGGGCGACAGGCCGUUUCCCCGGGGAACAGGCCGGUUAAAAAACAAGGACUGUAUUUAUAGAGCUCUUCUAUCCAAAGCGCUUUACUGUCAUUCACCCAUGGUCGGGGGUGUCUUGCUCAGGGACACUAUGACACACCCAGGUCAGGGGAUCGACCGGCAACCUUCCCACUCCCACUGCUCUUAUCUGCCGAGGUAUCGACCCAUUUGUGUUUUUUUGAGUAUUGGCAGAAGAGAGCUCCCAGUUUAUCGGAGGUCAUGCAUAUCGGUUCCUUUUUUUGUGUGUCGGUAACAACAGCUGCAAUUCAUAUGUACAUUUCUGGCAUUGUACACUGGAUGGCUGCAAUGCUGAUGAUUGGGUCACAGCUCUAUGACAUCAUCAAGUAUUCAUAACUGCUCUAUCAUAAGAUCCCAUAGUGCUGUUAGUCCUGGCACACACAUGGUUAUAUGAGUUCUGUUAGUCCUGGCACACACAUGGUUAUAUGAGUUCUGUUACUCCUGGCACACACAUGGUUAUAUGAGUUCUGUUAGUCCUGGCACACACAUGGUUAUAUGAGUUCUGUUAGUCCUGGCACACAUGGUUAUAUGAGUUCUGUUAGUCCUGGCACACACAUGGUUAUAUGAGUUCUGUUAGUCCUGGCACACACAUGGUUAUAUGAGUUCUGUUAGUCCUGGCACACAUGGUUAUAUUAGUUCUGUUAGUCCUGGCACACAUGGUUAUAUUAGUUCUGUUACUUCUGAAGUACACUUCCUGUGGAUCACACUGUUCUGGGGCCAAUUCUAUUUUACAGGCUGAAAUACAUGGAUUGUACAUAUGAUUGUACAUAUGAAAUACACUCAUAAUCUCUGUGUUAAUUGUUUUUGUUUUGUGUUUUGAUUCAACUGCUGUUACUUCAUGUUACGUCAUGUUACUUCUGUUACUACUAUUGUAGGACUGAGCUACAGGAACACUUCAUAAUACUGAUCGUAAUAAUCCCUUCCCUACGCUCUCUCUGUUAGCCCAUUCAGACCAGUGAAGUCCCUACGCUCUCUCUGUUAGCCCAUUCAGACCAGUGAAGUCCCUACUCUCUCUCUGUUAGCCCAUUCAGACCAGUGAAGUCCCUACUCUCUCUCUGUUAGCCCAUUCAGACCAGUGAAGUCCCUACGCUCUCUCCGUUAGCCCAUUCAGACCAGUGAAGUCCCUACUCUCUCUCUGUUAGCCCAUUCAGACCAGUGAAGUCCCUACGCUCUCUCUGUUAGCCCAUUCAGACCAGUGAAGUCCCUACUCUCUCUCCGUUAGCCCAUUCAGACCAGUGAAGUCCCUACUCUCUCUCCGUUAGCCCAUUCAGACCAGUGAAGUCCCUACUCUCUCUCCGUUAGCCCAUUCAGACCAGUGAAGUCCCUACUCUCUCUCCGUUAGCCCAUUCAGACCAGUGAAGUCCCUACUCUCUCUCCGUUAGCCCAUUCAGACCAGUGAAGUCCCUACGCUCUCUCUGUUAGCCCAUUCAGACCAGUGAAGUCCCUACUCUCUCUCCGUUAGCCCAUUCAGACCAGGGAAGUCCCUACUCUCUCUCCGUUAGCCCAUUCAGACCAGGGAAGUCCCUACGCUCUCUCUGUUAGCCCAUUCAGACCAGUGAAUCCCUACACAGCAAACGCAAGAGUCUCAGUCGUUGUGAUGGCUGAAUGCAUUUAACCUCUUCUGGUCCUGUGCUGUAGAAACACUGACCCUGGCUCCUAUACAGCCACAGUGACCUACCCCAUGUUCAUAAAACAUCUUGGAGUAGGACUGCUGACCUGGGGUCAGCUCUGCCUUUUAGCUCAUAACGGGUAAGGCUAGGACGUGCAGAGGAGCAGACUGAUCCCAGAUCAGUGCACUGCAUUCUAAACAGAGGGGUUGAAGCGCAGCUUGUGCAAAGAGGUCCCCUACUGCUAGAACAUCUCCGCUUGAAGAGAGGUCGUAGGUAACUCGCCUCAAAGCAAGCAGCUAAAGAAAUAUUCUACUUGCACUGCCUGCACUGAUUUUGUUACUGAGUUUGUGCGAUGAGCUGCUGGAGCCACUGAGGAACCCUGAGAACCAGCACUCCAUACCUUCCCAUGGGACAGGGUCUCAGGAAUGCCCCUGGUGAUUCUAAAAAGUGUCCAGUGGGCCUUGGUUCUGCUUCGGUAGCAGAUCAAUAGGAAUGAAACGUUUCGGGCAGUUCACCCUGCUUUUCCGUUCAAGCACCCGCGUCCCAUCUGGAGUGAAGCGGGACAGACAUGGGCUUGGAGGCACCCAGUGUUGAUUUCUGGGAAGUUCCGGUUUUAUUUUUGAGGUGAAGUGAUUAUCGCUGGUUCAACCACAUUAGUUAACAGAAAGUGGGAUUGCUAUUAACGUACAUUUAUUUUGUUCUGUUUUGUCAUGGGUAGAAAAGCUGAAAAGAAAGAAAUGUGAAUUUGGCAUGUGUUGUGUACAUUAAAACAUUUACGUUUAA